GCAAUGGGCCUUGAACCUUUCGGUCGCCGCCGCCAGCUGCUGCUGCUGCGUAGCCUGGCACGCAUGGCACCAGAGACGGGUCGGCAUCCGAAACUUAGUGAGGAGCUGCUCGCAGGGGGCCGAGCAGAGGAUGCUGCCAAGGAGAAGAAAGCAAACGGCCCUAGUUUGCAGCCACUUGGAUCCAUGCCCCCGAGAACUGUUGCUCUCUGCCAUGUGGCCUUGCUACUGCAUGGGAAACCGACAAGCGGAUUCACGAAAGUGGAAUUCGAGGUUGUCGGUCCACAAAAUGAGAGGCAGGAAUCGGUGGCGGCGGCUUUCCUUCACGCUUGGAAUGCCUACAAGGUCCAUUGCUGGGGCCAAGACGAGCUUCGACCGAUCACGCAGAGCUGCAGCAAGGACUUCGGAGGUCUGGGCGUGCAGAUCAUCGAUGCGUUGGACUCACUGUGGCUUUUGGGACUUCAGGAGGACUAUUACGAAGCCGAGAGGUGGGUCCUUCGGAAUUUCACGUCGGACCUUGAUGUGACAGUUAGCGUGUUCGAGACGGUCAUCAGCGUGCUGGGCGGGCUUCUCUCUGCUUACGGGCUAAGUGGGCAACUGCAGCUUCUGGCUCACGCGGCACAGCUGGGGCAGCGACUUUUGCGUGCAUGGCGCGAGGGCCCGGUGCCCCACGAGCUGGUCAACCUGAAGACUGGCCAGACCGGCUUCAAAGAGCCAGAGUUGGGAUCCACCUUGGCAGAAGUGGGGACUAUCCAGGGUGAGUUCACAUUGCUCAGUGCAUGGACAGGUGACCCUACUUUCCGCACCAGAGGCAACCACGUGAUGGAUCUGCUGGGAACCCUGCUGGUUAACCACGGUGGGCUCCUACCCAUCAUGAUACACCCACAGCCACCCAUGCACUGGACGAACGCAAGAGUCACCCUCGGUGGUCGCGGUGACUCGUUCUAUGAGUACUUGCUUAAGCAGUGGCUCAUCACGAAUCGCACAGAGGAGAAGUACAGAUCCUGGUAUCAACUGUGCGUCGACGGCAUUCGCCGAGCUUUCGUCGGCCAGUCACGCCCCUCCAACUUCAGCUUCAUUCGUGAAGUCAGCGCUUGGGAUUCAAUCUCCCAACUUGUUCCUCUAUCAGAUCGAUGGCAGUGGGAUCCGGAGACGACUGGGGAAGAGUUGUCUGGUCUGGCCUUCUUCUUCCAGUUCCAGGAUGCGACGGCAGGGCUACAGGACGAGGAGAAGUCACAGGCCUCUGCAAGCUCGCCUGCACCGACGGCUGACAUGGAAGGAGUGAGGCAUCAGCAAGAAAACGGAUCUGUGCAGGAGCCACCCCUGCAGAAUCGUUCGCAGCCUUCAUGGGCAUACAUCAUCAUCCCGUCCAUGUCACCGGACACUGCAUGUGCUUUGAUGGAGCUCCUGCGGUCGCAUCGUUGGGACGUCGCCAGCAAAAUGAUGGCAGUCGUAUUGCCGCCCCCACACAAGCAGCUCUCGGCAAGCAGCCAAUACAGGAUUGAUGCAAUGCUCAGUGGUCAGCUCCAAGACCUUUGCCACAGCCGACAGGAGUUCAAGAUGGACCAUCUCUCCUGUUUCUUCCCUGGGGUGCUGGCACUGGGAGUCCUUACCGGAGCAGCAGCACAGCCAGCGGAGGAGUUGCUCUUGGCACAAGACUUAACCGAGAGCUGCACCAGGAUGUGGUUAGACUCGCCUCGAGGCUUAGCUCCCGAGAGCGUCCUUUGGAAUCGAGCGCCUCAGCGCUCCCUCGACUUUCGGGCCACACCGAAAGAUGCCCACUGCAGCUUGAGACCAGAGGUUGUCGAGUCCCUGUGGUACCUGUAUCUUGCAACCGGGGACCCCAAAUAUCAGGAUUGGGGCUGGUCCAUUUUCCAGGCAAUUGAAGCCUUCGCUCGGGUGGAUUCCGGUGGUUACAGCAGCAUCCAGGAUGUCACAGUUCAAACUGAGCUGGACCGUCGUGACGAGAUGCAGACUUUCCUGCUGAGUGAGACGUUCAAGUAUCUCUUUUUGCUCUUUGGAGACAAGCAGAUUCUGGACCUUAACAAGACCGUGCUCAACACAGAGGGCCAUCCGCUACCUGUCCUUGGUGAGUGGCAUCGAGAUGCAGAAAAUUCGGAGCAAUUUGAGAACAGCAUUCUCCUUCGGAUGCAUGUCGCAAGAGCUCACGGUCGGUGCCGGCUGCGUGGUUGGCGGGGUCAGGCCAUCAGCACCUCGCCAUUAUUCCGUGCUUCGGAGCAAUUGCAACGACAGAGGCGACGGCACCUGCACGAGGUGUUCUCGGAUUCCCACAAAGAAAGCCACCUCGGCAAACUGGAUGACCUGGGGCGGGACAGGUAUGCAAAUGCGAGCUUGGAGAAGGCUGGGGCGCCAGGAGUGAUCAAAGGCUUGUCCUGGUGCAAAUCCUUGCUGUUGCAGCGGGAGGAUUUGGAUCAAGACGAUGAAGUUCGCUUACUGGAUAUUGGCAGCUGCAACAAUGCACUGGAGUCGGAGCUAACUGCCAUAGAACGACAUCAGCUGCGGAUCACAGCGGUGGACGUGCUGCCCCGGCACAAGCGUGCUCUCCGAGAAGGACGGCAGCUUCUGGGGCUCCCGGCAGAAAGCUUUGACGCCUGCCUCCUCUCGAUGGUCUUGCAUCACUGGCCACAAGAAGUCCAACAAAAGGCCUUGGAUACCGUCCAUCGGCUGCUUGUCCGUGAGGGCCAGCUGUUAGUGGUUGAGAAUCGAGCCUGGGAUUCUACAGUUUGCUUGUCCCAUGCCGGCUUUGCCCUGGAGCAGCAACGGCGAUUUUCCGGAUGCUCGCUUCGGGGUUUAGCGUUUCGCGCAUCUGAGCCGGCUGAACGGGCUGGCUUUGUGGCACGGACAGACCCGACCAUGGUCAAGUCCAAGACAAGCAGGCAUGCGCUGAAGUGCGACAAGGACUUCGAGCCUUCGCCGUGCCUUCCGACUCCUUUGCGCUCAUUGCUGAAGUCAACAUCUGCCAAAGGCCUGCAGGACGUCACGUCUCCAGCCGUGAAGUUGAAGCAGCCAAUCGCUUACGAACUCCAGGACUCUCCGUCCGGCACAGAGCUCACGCUUCCAGCAUCAGAGGCUGUGGCGCCGACACGCGCGAAGGCCGUGCUUCGUGCGGAUGGGGCGUUGCUCAGUGUUACUCAUGACAGCGCAUGCGAGCCAUGUUUCGGCGCGAUGCCGGCGGGAAAGAUCGGGAGGCCAACGCCUAAAGCUCUCGAGGUGCGAGUUGUAGAGAAGUUCAAGAAACACAAUGCUCGCUACAUGGACGGUUGGAAGGAGUCUCUGCCCCACCUGAGCAAGCCUGCGACGUCUGUACCGCCAGCGGGCCGGGGUGGCGUUAGCUGGAUUGGCCAAAAUCCGGACCCUUGCAGAGCAAAAUAUCUUCUGAAGCAAGGGGUGGUCCCCUUGCCACCUGCUGCGGAGCAAAAGCCUUCGCCCUCUCAGGCAGCUUCGGAUGCAGAACCAGCAAGUAGCAGAUCGGAGCUCACCCACAGCCAGUCCGCCCCAGUGCUGCAGAAACGCGGGCACCGACAGCUGGAGAUGAUGUCCUGCAAUGAGCACUACAUUGAGCAAAGGCUGAAGCUCGAAGACGAGCAGCAGCUCAGGAGCGGACCUGACAUGAAGGAGCUGAUCUAUCACGGUGUGUCUCACGACCACCAGGGCCGGAGAGCGUAUCUACAAGCCCGCAGGAGGCUCUGGCCCCAAGAUCGCCUGCCGGCGCCUGUGACCUCAGCAGCAGAGGUGGGCUGGCGCAGCUAUGCCGGUCCAGACAAGAUCGUGGGCAAACAGUUA